AUGAUCCCCAAACCACUCAUAAUCCUCCUCUAUCUCCUCGAUCUCUUCCUAUACGCCUUCUCCUUCUUCCUCCACCGCAUCGGCCUCAACCCAUCCUUCGAAAUCGAGCCGACGCCAUGGGACGACGAAGAGCUCCUUUUCUCUUCCAUCAAUCCCCGGUCAACCGCCACCCCGAAGUCGCUAGCAAGUCAACUACCCAUCGUCGAGUACCUAAGCUUCGUCGAGAAGCAACGAAAGACGCAAAAGGCUGCAUCGGUGGCGGCGCCGGAGUGCGCUAUCUGCCUUCGGUUAAUAGAAGACAGGGACCGCGUCCGGGAACUGGGGAACUGCAGCCAUGCAUUUCACGUGACAUGCAUGGACCGGUGGCUGGACCUUCGCCGGUUCAGUUGUCCGUUGUGCCGGUCGGCAGUGGCUCCAGCCGAGGCCGGUCGGGUUGGUGGAAAGAGGGGAAGAGGGCCGCUUUGGGUUUUGAAGGUUCUUGUAUUUGAGGAUGGUUUUAUGGCUAAUGGCUUUUGA